AUGAAGCAUUUGAAGAAGGCAAAGAUCAUUCUGGUUCCGUAUCCCGCACAGGGACAUGUUAGUCCCAUGCAAAAGCUAGCCUGGGCCUUUCUCAGCCACGGGUUUGAGCCCGUGAUUGUUCUUCCCCAAUGCAUUCAUGGCCAGAUUUUGCUUAAUGCUGACUACAGUGAUCAUGGCAUCAAGUGGGUAGCUUUGCCAGAUGGGCAGGCCCAGGAAGGGGACACGGGCCCAGAUUUCUUUGCCAUUGAAUCGGCCAUGGAAAACACUAUGCCAACACACCUACAACACCUCCUUCGCAAGCUAGCAAAGGAUGGUGACGUGGCAUGCUUGGUUGUUGACUUGUUGGCAUCUUGGGCCAUAGAAGUGGCCCACACGUGUGCCAUCCCUGUUGCUGGGUUUUGGCCCGCCAUGCUUGCCUCCUACCUCUUGAUUGCUUCCAUUCCUCACAUGCUCUUCCGUGGCCUCAUUUCUGACACCGGAGUUCCACAAUACGAAGGAAAAAUUCACUUUGAACCCGAGCUGCCUGUAAUUUCAACUGAGGAUCUGCCAUGGCUUAUUGGAACAGAUGCUGCAAGGAAAGCAAGAUUUAAAUUUUGGAAAAGAACGAUGGAGAGAUCAAGCAACCUUAAAUGGGUCCUCGUGAACUCCUUUCCUGAUGAAAUGGCCAACAAGUGUGGUUCACAAGGCUGUGGUCCACAUGUGUUGCCCAUAGGCCCUAUAUGCAUGCACCAGUUAACAAAAACUAUCAGCUUUUGGGAAGAAGAUUUGAGCUGCAUGAAGUGGCUAGAAAACCAGAAGCCCGACUCGGUUGUUUACAUCUCAUUCGGUAGUUGGGUGAGUCCUAUUGGGGAUGCAAAGUUGAGAAAUCUUGCACUGGCACUUGAGGCUUCAGCAAGACCUUUUAUUUGGGUUUUGAGGUCCACUUGGCUCCAAGGCUUACCAGUUGGAUUUUUGGAGAGGGUUGUGAAGCAAGGCAUAGGCAGAGUCGUUUCUUGGGCACCACAAACGCAGAUUUUGCAACAUCAAUCUGUGGCUUGUUAUCUCACACACUGUGGCUGGAAUUCCAUAUUGGAGGCUUUGCAGUUCCAAAAGAAAUUGCUGUGCUACCCAGUGGCAGGAGACCAGUUCGUGAACUGUGCCUAUGUUGUUAAGGUUUGGAGGGUUGGUCUAAAACUCAAUGGCCUUGGACAUAAGGAUGUUGAAGAAGGUGUUUUAAAGGUGAUGGAAGAUGAGGAGAUGAGUAGCCGGUUAAAUAAACUAUAUCAAAGAAUCAUGGGCAUGCAGGGUGAUAAUAUUAAGGGAGCUUUCGUUUUCAAAACCUUCCUGGAAGAUCUCAAGAACCCAUCAUCUACAACUAUAAUUUGUCAAAAUUCUAGUUAA